UAGCAGCUCUCAAACAUAAGCCAUUCAGCAACUGCUGUCAGAAGUGCUCAUUGUAACCCUCAGGGCUGUCAAUAUAUUGUGCUGAAAAGCCUGACAUUUUCUAUUAAUAAAGAAGAAAAGGGCAAAGCUGGUAAUGGAUCUGAACCCAGCCGUCCAGAAGAUGUCCCUGAGCCAACAACAACUGGGAAAAGGUGUACCUUGUUUGGGAUGCAAGGGGAUAUGUGCAGGCUUUGAACCACAUUCAUGGAGGAAAAUAUGCAAGUCAUGCAAAUGCAGCCAGGAGGAUCACAGCCUGAGCUCUGAAGUAGAAGAUGACCGGAAAAUUGGCCGCUUGCUUGCCGAGUCCAAAUAUUCAACCCUCACGGCCCGGGUGAAAGGCGGCGAAGGCGUCCGCAUCUACAAAAGGAAUCGCAUGAUCAUGACCAAUCCCAUUGCCACCGGGAAAGACCCAACCUUUGAUACAAUAACCUAUGAGUGGGCUCCACCAGGAUUGACUCAGAAGCUGGCAAUCCAUUAUAUGGAACUGAUUCCUAAAGAAAUGCAGCCCGUUACUGGUACCGAAGGGGCAUACAAUCGCCGGCGGCAGCUAAUGAGGCAGCUUCCAAUUUACGACCAAGAUCCUUCACGCUGUCGGGGCCUUUCAGAAAGCGAAUUCAAACUGAUGGAGGAUUUUGUCAAGAAAUAUAAAAGUGAUGCCCUGGGUGUUGGAGAGGUGGCACUUCCUGGCCAAGGAGGCUUACCUAAAGAUGAGGGCAAGCAGCAGGAGAAGAAUGAAGCAGCAGGUGCUGCUGAGCCCACCACCAAUGGGAAUGCUAGUGACUCACAGAAAGAAGUUGAAUACUACUGUGAGCACUGUAAGCAGGCCACCCCCUCAGACUGCCCAGUUGUUUAUGCAGACAGAGUGGGCUAUGACAGGCAAUGGCACCCUGCCUGCUUUGUCUGUGCCAAGUGCAUGGAACCGCUGGUUGACCUGAUCUACUUCUGGAAGAAUGGCGCCAUUUGUUGUGGACGCCAUUAUUGUGAGAGUGUGAGACCGCGUUGUGCGGGUUGUGAUGAGAUAAUAUUCUCUGAGGACUAUCAGCGAGUUGAAGAUCUGGCCUGGCACAAGAAGCACUUUGUCUGUGAGGGCUGUGAGCUGUUGCUGACGGGCAGAGCUUAUAUUGUGGAAAAAGGCAAACUCCUGUGUCCAACCUGCAGUAAAUCCAAGCGUUCUUAAAAGGCUGUCCCUCUGAAGCCCCCGUCACCUAGAAUCAAGCCUGGAUUCUUGGGAUUUCAUGAGGAUGAGGAAGGCCAACAAAGAGAACCAAUGUACGUUGGGUUCAAAUUAGAAUCUGGUGUGUCAUUAGCAAAUAAAUUGAAAAUCAGUUUCUCUGUGAAGUUCCCUUUAAUGGAAAGGAUAUCAGAGGGUAGGGAACUAAAACACAUUAUUCUGAGUAAAUUGGGAAGAGAAGAUUAUUGUUUGUCAACAGGAAAAGAACUAAAUCAAAUCUCAAUAGUAUACCAGGUAGGGAGGCUCCUGGAAUGCAAAUUCAAUUAGCUAAAUUUUGUAGAAAUGCUUUUGUGAACCCAGAAGCUCAAGCAGUAGGUGGUUUGGAUUCCAAUUACCAUUUAUUACUUCCUUUUCAAAUGACAUUUAAAUUUUAAAGUGUAUUUGUGUCAUGAUGAGCUUCUUUCUGGUUAAAAGCACACAAAGCAUUUGGUCACUUAGGCUUUAGAAAUGGCUUUAUAGAGCCACAUUAAUUUCAGGUUGCUAACGAGGCAGAUAUAGGUAGAGUAAACAUGAAUUAUGGCAUGUGUUAAGCACUUAUUAUGUGCUAAGCCUUGGGGUAGAUAUAUGGUUAUGCAUUCAGACACAGUCCCUGUCCUACAUGGGGCUCCUACCCCCAACAUUAGCAAGGGGGUCUUUUGGACAAAGAAACUCCUUGACAGAACCAGACCCACUUCACCUGUGAAAUCAGACUCAAUUGAAUUUCCUCCAAAAACUAGAGACAUAGUUCAAGAUCCUCUAGGUCUCAAAUGCAUUAUUCUUAGCAAUGAGUAGAUAUUACCAGGCUUUUUUGAAUUUUGGAAGUUGAUCCACUGGAGCUGAGGUCUUGAUAAAACUAAAAUAAUCAAAUUGAUUGGAACUGGAGGAUCCAACUACAAUCUCACAAACUAUCUUCUACUGACCAUUAGUCAAUUCUGAAAAUAUCUUGCCAUUGCAUAAAAAGUAAGUCUUUUAGCCCCACUCUUCUGCCCCAGUGUCACUUCCUCUUGAGCUCAUUGUGGGCAGGGAUUGUCCCUCUUUAUUGCUGUAUUGUACUUUUCCCAAGUACUUGCUUCAGUGCUCUGCACACAGUAAGUGCUCAAUAAAUGAUUGAAUAAAUGAAUGAAUUACCCACCUUUGGAGAAUACGUGUAUUGACCAUCUCCCUUGUCUCCAAAACUACCAAAAAACAAACACUCCCCAAAACGAACAACUAGGGAUUAUCCAGGAUGGAUAAGUGAAAUGCAGAUAAUCCUAAAAUAUGAUUUCAACCCAUGGUCUCAGCUAACUCCCUGACCAUACUUUGUUCUUGGAGCUACAAAAUUGCCUCAUUUGAAGAACAUCUCCUUUAUUGUCUUCUUUUUAGUCACUGGGAGAGUGAACUGAGCGAUGGCCAAAAGCAUGCAGCAGAGGCUCUGCUGCCAUCAUAAUAAUAAAUUAGCCCCUGAAUAAUCAAGGGUUGACUAUUUUAUAGCAACAACAAAAGUACAGGGUAGAGUACUUAUCUGUAAUAAAAGCUGUGAGAUUCUAACAUAGUCCAUCUCUUUCUAAGAGACCCUAUCUGACUGUAGAGUGUGGAUUUGGGAUGAUAGAAUUCUCAUGAAGAAAUUAUAACUUUCAAACCAUCUUAAUUCUGUGUAGUUGGAAUACUUUUUAAAGUCUUUAAUAGCCUUUCUUAGUGAACCUCUACCCCAAACUAGGAAGGUGCAAGACAAUGAGAACUCAGAGUUUACACCUUUUCACAACAAAGCUUUAGAUUUGUGUUUUGCACAAAAUUGAGUAGUUCUUGCUUUACACCAAGACUCCUUUAGUACUUUAGAGUGGAUUACUGAGUUUAGUUAGGAUUGGUAAUACCAGCUGUAGAUUUACAAUGUUGCUAGAGAACAGGGGUUUUGUGUCUCACUGAAUUACCAUGUGUGGCAUCAAAAAAAACUCAAACCAACUGUGGCAUAAUGGUAUAAGGUAAUUGGAAUAGGCAACAGAUUCUGCUAUUCAGCAACCCAAUUAGACAUUCUCUGAGAAGGCUCUGGGGAAUAAUGUUUCAUUUGGGCUUUAAAAACUGUAUGGUUUCCAUAAAGCUAGUGUAAGGCAAAUCUAUAAAUCACUGCAUUCUUAACUGUGCAAAGCCCAGAUGAAGUAUAUAACUGGUUUGUUCAUCUCUGUGAAUUUUCUGGAGGAGGAUUUGUUUUGCUCAGAGAACGGUGGGUGGCUUAUUUCUUUGCCUAGGUUGGACUGGAAACAACACUGCUGUGAGUGUGGCCAGAUGUCUGCUUUUCUAAUGACCAUUGUGGGUUUCAGUUGGCCUGUCCCUUGUCCAGAUCUUUAGUGGUAUGGGACAACUUUAUGUCCAGUUUGUUAUUUUCAGCACUGAACCUGCCUCUAUCAUGACUCAGCUGCUGAAUUAUGCAGCUUGGACACUGCAUCAGACUUCAUACUGACCUGGGAGGGGAACACAAAGGCACUGCAGCAAGUUGAGUCUGAGCUGGAGGUGGGCGUGUUUAGAGAUACCCCCCUUCCCUGAGAAAUACUUUAGGAUAGCGUGAAAUCUGCAUACUUCCAUAAAAUGGCUUCUGUCACGUCAUCACAUUAGGCCGUGUGCCCAAUGUAACAUGUAUGAUGUCACAUGCAUUCCCUUAUCUAGUAUUCAUGAGGGACAUCAAUGCCCCUUUGAAUAUGGUGUGGUCGAUGAAAUAUGGGAUUUUCCAGUAUUUCACCAAAGGAUUAGGAGUUAAUCCACUUUAAGAAACCUUCCAACUCUGGCUUGUUCUACAGAAAUCUCUAAAGCAUAUUUUAAAGUAAAUGAGUAGAAAAAUGCAGAAUAUGUAUACUAUUUUCUCAACAUUAAAUGUAAAGAAAAUUUGGACAUGUCAAUGUGGAUAAAUAUAGGACACUCCUGUAUUUUGAAAAGGAGGAAUGUGAAUAUCUUAAUGCAACUGAUGAUUUUGGAAAAGAGCAUUUCAAAUCUUCUACUAUAUCACUGUACUUCUUUCUGUGCAUUAUUUUCAGUUUGUCAUUAGAUACAAGACUGGUUUCUACUCCAAUUAUCAUCAUACUAGAUUUUCAGAGAGAGUAGCCUUAGACUUCUGUGCUCAUUUUAUUGUACUCUUCGAUUUAUUAAAUAAAAACAUCAGUAUUUCAGUUAUUUCACAUUGACAUUUGUUUGAGGGAUUGGAAUUCCUUUCAUUUUGUAAGUACAUCA